CCCCCGGGGAUGAAUGGAAAGAGGGAAUACGGUCUCUGUCCCGUCUGCCAUGAGAUAGUCGAUAUCUGGCUUGUAGACGAUGAAAACAUUUGCCUCGACACAGGAGAGAGAGAUAGAGAGAGUUUGGCUUGACGGGAUCUUCUGAAAAGUUUUCCUCGGAUCUGUGGGGGAACUGAGAUGAGGUGGGGAGCCUGAAGGACAUCUCUCUUCCACGACAAGGUGGGGAAAAUUUGUGGUGCUGCUUGUAGUGGUGCGGACAACAAUAUACACAUUGGAGAUCAACAUGUCCUUGUGGAUGAUCCUUCCAGUCAGCCUACCUGUCUUCACCAUCACUGGAAUAUGGGUUGUAUAUGCGAUGGCCCUGUACAACCAGCACGUCUGCCCUGUGAGCAACUGGCUUUAUAAUGAGUCAUGUGAGGAGCAGCUUCCCUUGCAGAGGGGUCCUGUAUUGUGCUGCACCCUGGAUAAUGUACCACUGAUCAGUAAAUGUGGGACCGUGCCACCUGAGAGUUGCUUCUUUAGUCUCAUAUGCAGCACUGGGUCCUUCAUGGUGAUGCUCAUCGGCCUGCUGCGAUAUGCCCACGUCAUAGAGAAGCACCAGAACUGCGUUCUCAACACUGCAGGCCUCUCCACAGGCUGGAUCUGUGCUGCCGGACUUAUCAUGGUGGGAAACUUCCAGGUGGAUUAUGCCAAAGUCCUCCACUAUGUUGGAGCCGGGGUGGCCUUUCCUACCAGUAUGCUGUUUGUGUGUCUCCAGUCAGCCCUGACCUAUAGACUGGCCAAGACCCAGGAAGAGUAUCGAAUAGGACACUUGCGUCUGGGGAUGUCGCUGCUAGCACUUAUUGCACUUGUGCUCAGUGGAGUUUUCUUUUGUCAGGAGAGCUAUGCCUUGCAGCAUGCUUCAGCCAUAUUUGAGUGGAUCUUUUGUAUGCUCAUCAUGCUGUUCUAUGGGACGUUUGUGUUUGAGUUCGGAGGCAUGUCAGGUGACACCCUAAUGGUCCUGUCCAGAGGAGGGGGGGUGCAGAGCUUCUCCGAGUCGGACCAUAAGGCAGAGGUGGCGGUAAGGCCCAACCACCACCAACCGGAGAAUUUGGCUAUGCUUUAACCUGAUGUACUUGCGACGUACCAUCGUGGCCCUGACCAGUGAUGUGAGCUUGAAGUUUAUUGAUAGACUUAGAGACCAAUCACUGAGAAUCUGGAGGGCUGAAAAGCAUCUUUCUUUUGUCAUGUUUCAUCAAGGAAAAUGAGAGCGUUUGAACUCUGCAUAUCGCCAUGCCCAGUAUUGUGCACAGCCACAGAGCAAAAGCUAUUCUAACCAGCAGUGACCAAAGACUUAAAUAAAUUCUAUAGACUACUGUGCUGCUCUGUGCAAAUGCAGACCGGAGCAGAUUCACACUGCACAGCGUUGCCUAGCAUUAUGUGCAUAAAUGUGUUUUGCAAUGCAAUCAACACCAGUGCAUGAAUGCAAAGGAUGGACUGGAUGCAUGCAGAUGCAAACACAAUUCUAGUUCUUUGCUUUCACCAUCAUUAUGUAACUUCUGUCACUUUCAGAAUUGUUGACACCAGCUACCUUUUCAUCUGAUUCAAUAUCUUGAAAGGGCCUUAGAUGUCUUAAUUUACACAGCAGAAAAUCACAGGUUCAGUAUUGGUGUUUGUUUUUCACUUGAAAGUUCAGACACCAAACUGUAUUGUUCUUCUCAGGAAAUCCCUUUUCCAUCACCAGCUUUCUCUGAGUGCCUCAAAAGUCAUUCCUAACCUCUGACAAUAGAGAGAUUGUUAUGCUGUGCCAAAAAUUGUUUCAUAUAAACGGUUUAACUGUUGUAUUAUGUGAAAGGAAACGUGCUGUUACCCAAAAUGUAAUGGCUGGACACGUCUUGCCCGGUUGUGUCCAACAGUUCUCUGAUAUUUAGAGUUGUAUAUCCACUAGGGGACGCCCAAAGCUUGUGUUGUCCUUUCAUUUUGAGACUGUGACACCACACACGCAACAACUUUUACUACAAGAUAUACGUAGAUGUCUCAGUACUCUUGCAUUUAAUCACAGCAACCAGUUGUCCAGUUAAAUGCUACUGCGUAUUUUACUUUUGCAUAUUUGUGUCUCACUUUAACUCCUUGCCAAGAAGUUGCCAGUUAAAUGACUGUCUUCAGGGACAAUGACCACCUCUGGUGCAUUAAGGGGACCAAAGCAAAGGAGUGAAUCACCAUGCUGUAUUUGAUCAUAUACAUCUCUACAUCCCCAAGAUAUACAGUUUAUUAUUGUAUGCUGUCUGAGAUAAAAGC